CAGAGGGCGGAGAAUUACAACGCGUUCUGGACGAGGAUGAGUCAGUACCCGAACAUCACUGCAAAUGCAUUGUACGCCAGAUUGUCGAAGGGGUCCAGUAUUUGCACCGAUUCAAUAUCGCACACCUCGACAUUAAGGCGAGUCUUUCCUAUCAUUCCUAUUCCUCAAAACAUUCUCCUAACAAAUCCUUAUCCUUCGGGUGACGUAAAGCUCUGUGAUUUUGGAAUUUCCCGUAUUCUGACCAAAGGGGCCGAACUCCGGGAAAUUGUCGGAACUCCUGAUUAUGUCGGUCAGUGUUUUAUUACAAUAGCGCCAGAAAUACUACAAUACGAACCGAUCAGUUUGGCCACCGAUAUGUGGAGUAUUGGUAUAUUAACUUAUGUACUGCUGUCCGGACACUCGCCCUUCACAGGGGAGACUAAACAGGAGACGUACUGUAAUAUCACGAACGGUUCGCUAGACUUUCCGUCCUAUCUGUUCGCUGAUGUCUCAGAAGAAGCCAAGGAUUUCAUUUGUAAACUACUCGUCAGAGAUCCUAAGUAUGCACUCAAUAUUGAUAUCUCUAUUGAUUGA